AUGGACAUUGUCAAUCAGAGUAUCAUCACUGUGGGUGACCUUGACGGUGUAGAUGACAGGAUAAUAGAGGUUGAGCAGCUAAUACAGCGGCGCAACGCAGAUGCUCACUCGAAGCUAAAAGCCAAUGUUUUUGAAGACGAGCUGACAACUUUGGCAGUGGCUACUAUAAUACAGAAACUAAGAGAUUUGAAUGUUGAUGAUCCACGCGCCUCAUACGACGAGAUCGUCAAGUUGGGACUGGAGUACCCACACUUGGCGGUAGUUGACGAUUUGAAGGAGUUGUACCGGAACAAACAGCUGGUUUGCUCUGCUCAGAAGUAUUUACUUGAUGCUGAACUAAUUGAACAGGCGAUCGAGCAAUUGAGCUCCAGCUGCAUCGAGAACUACCAGAGUAUAUUUGACCAGAUGACGGCGUUGGACGCCAACGAGGUGUCGAGCGACCUUUCUGUGGAAGUGGAGAAGGGUUUAAUACAACAAUUCGAUGAGAAGAUUGAAAUAUUUAAAGGACAAACGACCAAACAAUUGGAGACACUACUUCGACGGAUCGAUUGGCUUGGACUGGAAUUCUCGGUGGAUCUGUUGAAGUCCGAAGACUUGACUCAAAUUAACGCCUUGGUGUCUUCGUUGGUAUCUCUUCAGAGCAUUGGUCAUCGGCCAGUAUACCCAGAUACCUGGUGGGCUACAGACAUACUUUUGGAGCCAUUUACCAAUAGGUUCAAUUUCCACUUCAAUACCAAAAGAGAUACAAAUAAGCUCUCGAGACCCGAAUGGGCUUUUAGCUUCAUGGAAGAGUUUGUUUCCAAAAACAUCAAGCUUUUUGAGUUGGUGAUAAACCAGGCGUUCAAGCCUGUAAAGCUUAUAAUGUUGCAUCAAGUCAUCAGUUCUGCGUUGGUACCCAUACGCCAGAAGGUAUUGGCAGCUGUUGGUGUGUUGAAUGAGAAAAUCGAAGUGUUCAAGGUUUCUAACGAUUCUUCUAACUAUGAUAAGAGUGGCCGGUUACUCUCUCAUUUGAUUUAUGAGUUAACCUCGUUUGACCAGCGGAUAAGAAACAACUACAAAUUCAAUCCGUUUGUCACCAACGUUAAUGAGGUGCCGUCUAAAAAAUGGAUGGGAUUAACGGCAGACGUUUUGUUGCAGGGCGAUAAAGAACGACUCGGGACAUCAAACUGGCUUAAUUUCGAGAGUAUUUUGGCCAAUAAUCGGUUUAAAACCGAGAUAAUCGAGGAUUCCAAUGCUUUGAGACUAGACCUUGAUUAUAAGUCAGACCCAGAUGAAGACGAGGAGCUGGGUAUCAACAGGUUGGGAAACCAACAAUUGAAGCCCACAUAUUCGGCGUUGAACUUGGUGAAGUUGUUCAAUAACCUCACUACCCAUUACAGUGCGAUGAGAAUGGUCAAAUUCCAGUUGAAGUAUGUGUCGAACAUUCAGCUCAGGUUACUUGAAAAUUAUCAUGAUUAUUUGAAACAGGCCCUCAAGAGGUAUGACGAUAAUUACAGCCAACUGACAGUCUUAAACCUCAUUCCAGGAGGAUUGGAAAGCUCCUCCAACAAGGUACUGAGUAUUUCUGAUAGUUUAAAGGGAUUGCAAAUGCUCACUGAGAUUUUCUGCUCUGCCAAGUUCAUUUCUCAUCAUCUAGGAGAAUGGGGUGAGGAGUUGGUAUUCAUCCAACUUUGGAAGAUCUUCAAGACUGUAGCCCAAAAAGAUUAUAAGAAAGAUGUCAACAUAUUCGGAACAUGUAAUAAUCAGUACAAUAAGUUGAUCGAGGACAUAAGAGGAAGGUACGGUAAUUUUUUCCGGAAGGGCACCAAAGAUAACUUGAAAGACUACAUUAAUGAAAGUCAAUGGGAAAUCCAAGAAGUAAAGGACAAUUCCGCUCAGUUUGGAUCCUUAAUUCACAAUCUUCCUGUUUUUUUGAAUGAUCUUCACAAGGUGUUCAUCCCCAGUGACUACUACAUGAUAGUCAAUCAGGUGCUCUCAUCGAUUUGUGGACUUUGGUACGAGUAUAUCAUAACAAACAACAGGUUCUCCCGGUCAGGAGUCCGUCAACUUGAACAGGACUUUGAGUUUGUGAUAGACCAGUUGAGAACCGAGUUACUCGUAGACAAUCAGGACCACUUCUCAACCGCAGCCAACUUUGACUACAAUAGAAUCACUCAGUCAAUUGGGUUGUUUAAGAAGUACGAUUCGGUGCUAAGCAAGAGUUUGGUGAAGAACUUCGAUGCAUCAUACGUGAGAAGUGAGUUUGAAAGUCAGUUAUCCAAUUUGCACGAUGAAGAAAUCCGAAAUCUCUUAUUUAGAGUUGCAUAGUUAAUGAAAGCCAUAUCAAGUAAA